AUGCUUCCCCUAUCAUUAUUACGGACGGCCCAAAACCAUCCGAUGCUCGUCGAAUUGAAAAAUGGGGAAACUUACAACGGUCAUCUUGUUAGUUGUGAUAAUUGGAUGAAUAUAAAUUUGAGGGAAGUUAUUUGCACUUCGAGGGACGGUGAUAAAUUCUGGAGGAUGCCAGAAUGCUACAUUCGUGGAAGUACCAUAAAAUAUCUUAGAAUACCAGACGAGGUCAUAGAUAUGGUGAAAGAAGAGACUCAAGUUAAAGCUAGAAGUAGGGGUGAAGUCAACAAGGGCAGAGGAGGUCAGAAUAUGAGAUCAGGAAGAGGAGGAAGUAGGGGUGCUUUUGGUAACCGUGGAAGACCAGCUCCCUUAGCCCGUGGGGGUGGAAAUACUGGGCGGCCGCAGAAUAAAAACAAAAAG